AUGGCGGCGCUGCAUAGGCUGGCGGUUGCGACCGCCCUGAUGCUGAUGAGGUUGGCGGGCGGGCUCGGCGCUCGGCUGGCCCGGCCGCCGUCGCCAGCAAGCGGGCGCGGCGCGCAGCGAGCCAGCGGCCUCCGCAGCGAUGAUCUCGCUGCUGCUGGCAAGAAGGCGAACGAGGGGUGCGACUUCGACACGCGGUAUUUCGAGCACGCGGGAGGCGGCGCUGGCAGGCUCUCAGCAGGGUUCGAGUUCGAUGGCCCCGAGAGGAAGGGGCCCGACUCUGAAGAGAGGUCACGCGUCAAAGCAGGGGAGCAACUGAUACCUCUCCCAUGGAGCAGCGCCACUCGAGAACGGAGCCAUCAUUUACCCAGUGACCCGAAAGACAGAUCUGAAGAUGUUUGGGGACAGCUUGCCAAGACUUCGCUAUUUUAUAUUAUUAUGUUGGGUGUAUGGCGUUUGCGUGUUCAUCCCCACCGAAGCUUUCUGCGAGUAUGA